AUGCAGUCAUUAGCCACAAAACGUUUAUCAAUUGCCGUAUUGGUUGUCAUGUUAAUUUCCAUCGCAAUAAUGGAAAGUUCAGCCAAUCCCAAUCCAGACCAUAGUGGUGAUCCCAACAAUGUCGUCGAUGCUCUCCGAUACCUUCAAGACAUCGAGUCAAAACAUGCUCAAUUUGCAAGGCCAAGACAUUAUGAGCAUAAUGAUGGAGUAUCUAUAACCUUUGUUCUAGAAAUGCUCGAACAGUUAGAUCGCAAACAUGCAAGAACACCAAGAUUCGGAAAGCGUGGAAACAAUGACUACUUGACUAAGGAAUACACUAAUAAUGUCCUCCGCUUCAUACUGGAAAAUCCCGAGUACUUCCAGCACCUCCAACAACAAGAAAGCAGCUGA